AUGAUUACUAUGGUUAGACACAUGGUGAUGCGUACGCAUCAUUUAAUAAAUAAUUAUCACAGCCUAAAUAUUUCUGUAAAGGUUAGGACGAUGAUACGAUUUAACAGUACAGUGGCCAAUGCUUUUCGAGCUCAGCAGAAAGUUAGGCCUAAAAAAGAACACGGCCAGGUUUUCAAAUGGAUAUUAUUGAUGCUUCCAGUUGGCUCAUUUGGGUUAGGCUGCUGGCAAGUGUACCGACUUCAAUGGAAACUUGGGCUCAUUGAAAUGAUGCAAUCUAAAACUAAUGCGACACCUGUACCCAUGCCCAGCGACUAUUCCAAGCUGGACAAUAUGGAAUACAUGCCUGUAAAAGUCAAAGGUCAAUUUCUUCAUGAUAAAGAAAUUCUUAUUGGACCAAGAGCACUGAUUGAGCCAGAUUCACCUUUCCCAAGAACAGGCUCCUUAGUGUCGGAUCCCAAACGGAAUCAAGGAUGGUUGGUAAUAACUCCAUUCAAGAUGGCUGAAACAGGAGAGAUAAUACUAAUCAACCGCGGCUGGGUUCACCAAAAUAUACGAGCUAAAGAAAAACGAGAACCAUCUAUGGUGAAGGGAGAUGUUGAGAUAGUCGGCAUCGUGCGACUAACGGAAAAACGGGCACCAUUUAUGCCAAAGAACAAUCCAGAAAAGGGCUCAUGGUUUUGUAGAGACCUGGAACAAAUGAGUGAGUACCUGGGGUGUGCUCCCGUUUGGCUGGAUGCUCGAGGUAUACCAGAUCCGCCAGAAGGUUGGCCUAUCCCUAAUCAGACAAGAGUGACUUUGAGGAAUGAACAUCUUUCUUAUGUUGUGACUUGGUAUUCAUUAUCAUUAGCCACGGCAUUUAUGUGGCAUCGAAGUUUUAUUAGGAAAUUACCUUUACUAUAA